CAGUCUUUUUUAUUGUACCAUCCCGUGAACAUCUGCAUCCGGAAACCAUGUUGAAAUUCAUCCCUUUAGUUCUUUUAAUAGUAGCGGUGAAUGCCAAAGAUGAUUUUGGAAUGAGAUAUGUAAUGAGGAUAUACGAGGACUGCCAACGUUCUGAUGGGAUCGUACCCUGUUUGAAGAAGAAGGCGAUACUGUUCUUCGACAGAGCAGCUCGGAUGGAAGCCAUACCGCUCGUUGAUGGAGUGGAUAUUGUGAAAACAUCGGAAUUUGAAGUGGUUCCAGUCAGUGAGAAUGAUAUUGAAGCGAGUUUGCCGAGGAAUCUGGACAGCAAGGAUGAAAUUCUAUCAGAGAUGCUUUGGGACAGGAUAGCUGCGUUUGCCAACUCGAGGACAGUCCAGCUUUCGCUGCCGAGAAUGUCUGGAGAUGAACUGAACAAGGGUGUUGAAGAAGGUCGAGGCAAGAUGAAGAAAAUGAUGGGCAUGAUGAUGAUGGGCGCUGCGGGCAAGAUGGCUGCGAUGAUACCACUGGCGAUGGCCGGUCUCUUCGUCUUAGCCGGAAAGGCUUUGAUUGUUUCAAAGAUUGCCCUACUCCUAGCAGGCAUCAUCGCACUUAAGAAGAUUAUCGCUCAGAAGAACGGUGGUGGCGGAGGAGGUGGUGGUCACGAGAGCCACGGGUGGUCAUCAGGUGGUGGUGGCGGAAGCAGUGGAUGGGACAAGAGAUCAUUCAGCAACGAUUUAGCAUACGCUGCGUACAAAAAGGAUUAG